AUGGAUUCAACUAAGAACUUUAGGAACAAGAGUGUCUACCACUUAGCAGGGCUCCAAACAGGUAUGCGGGGUGCCUUUGGAAAACCCCAAGGCACAGUAGCCAGAGUCCACAUUGGCCAAGUCAUCAUGUCCAUCCGCACCAAGCUGCAGAACAAGGAGCAUGUGAUUGAGGCCCUACGCAGAGCCAAGUUCAAGUUCCCUGGCUGCCAGAAGAUCCACAUCUCCAAGAAGUGGGGCUUUACUAAGUUUAAUGCGGAUGAGUUUGAAGACCUGGUGGCCAAGAAGCGCCUCAUCCCAGAUGGCUGUGGGGUCAAACACAUCCCUAAUUGUGGUCCCCUGGGCAGAUGGCGAGCCCUGCACUCGUGA